CUUAUUCGAUCUAGCAGUCGAUCACGGAACGCUUAGGUGUGCGUUUAUAGCAUUAUUUUAACAUUAAAAUUGCAAAAGUGAUAGAGAAGUUAUUGUAUGUCGUGAUACACGUGGAUCCAAACAAAUUUUCCAAAAGAAUCGUACAUUAUAAUAUCUGUAUCAUUUAAAAAAAAAAAAAAUAAUAUAAAAAGAAUACUAAAAAUAUCGAAAACGUGAAAAUAAUAAUUUUUUUAUAAGCAUAGAGUAGUAUAUAAAUUGUAAGUUCAUACUUUUUUUUCGUUAUUCAUAAGAAUACAGUUACAUAGAAAACACGUUUCCUUCACCAGAAGAAAUAUGUCGUACUUCGAAAUGAAACUGGCUGUUUUUUUGCUCGUGUGUGGAAUUGUUUUCAGUCAAAGUGAUAAUAGAAAGAUCGAUAAUUCAGAAAGGAUCGUUUUCCCUGAACAUACUGACCAAGAUGCGAUCGGUAAUGUAAAAAGAUCCACAGUACCUUCGGAAUUAGAUGACAACUUAUUAAUGACUUCAUUAGAAAUUGCUCAAAAAAUAAAUUCGAUGUCAACGUACGAAGAAUUUCUCAAAUUUAUCAAUGUGCCUCCAGAAAAAAAAGUUCUAAUAGCUAGUAGAAUCGGAGGUGGCGGAGAAAAAUCGAACGCCGAACGACCAAAGCCAGCUGGUUGUAUACCGGAAAAUCAAACGGUAUCUUUGAGACCAGAAAAUAAAUUUUCAACAUUUUAUUAUCCUUCUUGUACAAGAGUUAAAAGAUGCGGUGGAUGUUGUGGACAUUAUCUACUCAGUUGUCAACCAAUUGAAACUGAAACUCGAAAUUUUGAGGUAAUAGUUUCGGAACUCAAUGCGGAUUCAACAGUGUCAUAUAAGAAUAAAGAAAUUAUCCCGAUUGAGGAACACACGAAAUGCAAAUGUGAUUGCAAAAUUAAGGCACAGCAUUGCAACAAGAAACAAGCCUACAGAAGAAACGAAUGUAGCUGCGUUUGUAUGAACAUCGACGAAGAAAACAAAUGCAAGGCAAAUAAAGCCGUUAAAAUCUGGGACAGUGAAACCUGUACGUGUGCUUGCAGAGAGAAUGAAAUAUGUUCAACAGGCUUUUAUUUCGACAACAAUACGUGCAGGUGUCGACAAGUUCCAAUAUUAUCAAGGUUUGGUGAUAUAUCGAGAAAGUCCGGAUACAGGUUCGACCAAACUGAAAGGCCUGAGAGCGUCCCACCUGUGAUAGUGCAUUUGGAUGCAUCAGAUCCAAGACGCCAGCAUAAGGAUGAUCCAGAAUAUAAAUGAAAAUUAGAUUAAUUGAACUUGGCAAAACGAUCAACAAUAGACAACUCCUUUUUACCUA